AAGUGUCUUCGGAGAGAUCUCCGAGGAGGAGGAGCAUCUCCGGUCUGGGGAGUUCAGAGAAGAGCGUCGCCGUCGACAACCCAAACUCGUCACCUUUCAAAGUGCCGGGUUUCUUCAGUAAACGUCUAAAAGGCUCCAUCAAGAGGACCAAGAGUCAGACCAAACUAGACCGAAACACCAGCUUCAGACUCCCCUCGCUGAGGCCGGCUGACCCCGACAGAUCUCGCGGGCUGCCCAAGCUGAAGGAGUCGAGCUCCCAUGAGUCCUUGCUGAGCCCCGGCAGCGCGGUCGAGGCUCUGGACCUCAGCAUGGAGGAGGACGUCUUCGUCAAACCUCUGCACAGCAGCAUCCUGGGACAGGAGUUCUGCUUCGAGGACAACUGUCGUCGGGCGGAGAACCUGCUGCGUCUGUGGAUCAUCGAAGCCAAAGACCUGCCGCCCAAGAAGAAGUACUUCUGCGAGCUGUGCCUGGACGACGUGCUGUACGCGCGCACCACCAGCAAGCUGCGCCACGACAGCCUCUUCUGGGGCGAGUACUUCGACUUCUGCGGCCUGCCGGCCGUGCACAGCGUCACCGUGCACAUCUACCGCGACGCCGACAAGAAGAAGAAGAAGGACAAGAACAACUACGUGGGCCUGCACGCCGACGCCGAGCAAGGCUAA